AUGCAAGCCCUGGAGAUAUGGCGCAAGAAGGGAGCAGCCGAGGCUGCUGCGAAGAAAGUCUCGGUGGAAGAGACGCUAUCUUCGCGUGUCACAGCCGAGGACGCGUCGGACGAAGACCUGCCGGAUGAGAAGACACAUUGUCAGCGAUGUAAGGACACGCGCAUUGGAACCGCACUAUGUGACCUGCUAGGCGAACGUAGUCAGAACAACAGCCUGAUUGAGCACAUCAUCGGGCUGUACUUGUACACCACAGAUGUCCAACGACAAGUCAUCGCCAUUCUCUCAGCACUAGGCAUCACCAGCAGUUACCCAACUGUUGCCGGAAGCAGCAAGAGCCUGGGCUGUAUCUCCGCCAUACCAGGUACUGAAGACCAAGAUGAAGACUCAUCCGACUCAGACUACGUGCCCUCCACCCCGGUCUCGGAAGCCUCAGUGGCAUCCGGGACCGAGACAGACUGCUCAGAGGCCGAUAUUGAUGAAUGCGAUGGCCUGUCCAUGAUCUCGCACAGUGACGAGCCGAGUGAUGAUGAAGGCGACUUACCACGGCGUCCCGCACCACCCAUUCUCUCGCCUGGCAGCCAAGAGCCUCCCUCCUCCAUCCCGUCGGUAAACCGACGCUUGCAGCGGGCACCGAUCGGCUAG